UGACGCCACGAGGCGUGGUGUUGGCGGAUGUCGUCAUGUACCCGGCGGUGACGUCAUCCCGCCCCUGGUUGCCGUGGGAACAACCCUAACGCCUGAGUCGCGGUUUAAGUUACGAACCUCGCCUCCUGCAAUCGCGGAGUUUUCUUCGUCUCCAGAGAAACUCUCCGGGGAUUUGGAGAAACCCCCGGCGGCGCGCGGUUUACGAAGCCGCAGCAAUGAGCGAGUUUCGUGCCGACACGGCGAGCGGGAGGCGGCCCGGGAGCAGCGCCCGGCCUGGGACGCGCGGGGCCCCAGGGGGGCCUGCUGCACGACCCCCCACUGGGAUCCGCCCCAUGGCUCGUCUCGGCACCGCGAUGCCGCCGGGAACAGCGGCGCGCCCAGGUACCCAAGCUCGUGGUGCUGGAGCCGGGCUUCUGGGAGCACAGAUUCGUGUAGCAGACCGCCCUGUGACUCGUGAGGGCCUCAGCGGGAUGAAAACGGCCUCCAAAGGACCACAGAGGCAAAUUAUGGACAAGUCUUACUUCCUUGGUCAAUUAAGGAGCAAAAUGAAUGAGCUAAUUGCUGAAAACAACAAGCUUCAAAAAGAAGUUGACAACUUUAACCAGGAGAAUUCUACAUACCUGGCCUAUGAGAAGAGGGCGGAAGUUCUGGCAUCGGAGAUAAAGGAAAAGCAGGGAGAACUGGCUGACUACAAUAUGCUGGUUGACAAGCUGAACACCAACACGGAUAUAGAGGAGGUUCAGCAGGAAUACAACAUGCUGAAGGCACAGAAUGACCGUGAAGCCCAGGGAAUGGACGCCAUCUUCACUGAGAGGAGAGCGAAGGAGUCUCAGAUGAAGGCCGUGGAGCAAGAGAUAGAGCGAGAGCGCCAAGCAGCUGACGUGAUUGUGCAGAACAUGGCUCCUGAGCAGCAGCGCAGCUACAUGGAGAUGAAGGAGGCCAAUGAGCGGCUCCUGCAGGAGCUUGAGGCCAAACAGCAAGAGUUGGAUGACCUCUCUGCGAAGAAAGCAUCUUUAGAAGCGAGCAUGGCAAACACCCCCCUGAAGUUGGAGUGCGUGGCGUUGUACGGGAAGCUGCGGGAGGUGGAGGCGAAGCGCAAUCAGAUGCAGGCCGAGGAUCAGGCCAUGCUGACCCCCGAGGAGGAGAGAGAGCGACUGCUCAAGCAGGUUAAGGAAGACAACCAAGAAAUAGCCAGCAUGGACAGACAGUUGUCAGAAGUGAAGGAAAAAAUCGGCCACCUGAAUGAGGAGAUUGGGCAAUUGGAGAAUGACAUGGAGGAACACCAGGAAGGUGAACGCAAUCAGAAGUAUAAAGAGCUUAAGAAGAGGGAAGAAAGCAUGGAUGAAUUCUUAUCGGCAUUUGAGGAGAACCGCCGGCAAGAGGUGGAGAGGAAGGCGGAGCUGGAGGCCGCCAUUGUGUCCUUGUUGGAGAGCAUCAGCAGGAGCAUGGGCAGGAGCAAGCAGAUCUCCAACGUGUCAGCCCAGGAGCUUAGAACCAUGCAGGAGGACUUGACCUUCAAGGAGACGGAGAUGAAGAAGUCGGAAGUGACGGCUCACGGCCUGUCUGGAGAGAGCCAGCGGCUUCAGUUGGACCUGGAAAAGGUGAAGCAGCUGGAGACGAAGAUUCAGGCUGAGCUGGAGGCCCUGAAGGAGCGCGAGCGGAGCAUGACGGAGGAGCUGGUGGUCUACAGUGACUUGGAUGCCCUCCGUGCCGCCGGAGAGGACAAGAAGAAGAGGCUGCAGGAGGAGAAGGUGACGCUGGCGCUGCGUAGAGACGCGUUCCGCAAGCGGCUGCAGGCGCUGAGCGGCGAGCUGGAGGCGGCACGUGCGCAGCUGCAGGACAACGAGACGCACGCCCAGCUGACGAACCUUGAACGCAAGUGGCAGCAUCAUGAACAGAACAAUUUUGUGAUGAAGGAGUUCAUCGCAACCAAGAGCAUGGAGAGCGACUACCAGCCCCUGAUGAAGAGCGUCAUGCAGCAGGUGUCCCGGUACAACAGGCUGCUCCAGGAGGGCCUGCAGGGCGGCAGAGCCUGAGGGCCCACAGAAUUGGCCACUGCGCUCGGGCUGAUACCUUUUCCACUUAGACCAAACCCGGACACGUUUAUAAGUCGGAUUAUAAUUCCUGCUACCCGAACACGAUGAUACAUUCCCAGACUCUCCGGGUGAAACCUGAAGCAAGUGGCAACCCUACAUUCUGCCCACAAGUUAAAUUGCUCUGACACUCGUCAGCCCCAUCAGCAGUCAGCCACACCUAUUUAUCCGCCCAGACUGGACGCCUGUGAAAAAUAGAGCUUCAUAGCUCAUCGGAUUCCUGCAGUCUAAAUAAAGAUUCUGAUUGUCAAUGUGCUGACGUGCAACUGGCACUGUAGCGCUGGCACAGGUGCAGCACAUUUAACCCCACACCCUCCUGCACUGCAGAAGCAGCGCUUCGGUUGUCUGGGGAAAGAACCUGGCGAUGGUCGUGCUUUCUCGAGCAGAGGGAGGGGGCGGAUGGGGUUGAGAAUCUGCAGGUGCGUUUAUUCUUGAGAGCGUCUUGGCGCCGGCUCAUCGCGUGACUGCCUUCCCGCUCGUCUGUGGCUCUUCCUCGCGUAUCCGAGUCGUUCUCUAAUCGAGAAUGAGUUAAUACUGUGCGUUAUAAUUUGAAAUAAUGACUUAUACAUGACGCACUUCAUUCUUAUACGACAUGCCUUUUUCAUGAAAUCUAUCCACAACAAGGUCUUUAAAUAACCCUUAUCAAAUGUGUGUAACUGCUGUUUUUAUUUAAUAUAAAUAAAGCCCGGUGUUUUUCCUCGUUCGAUUCCA